AUGUCAGCAGACACAAUUAUGUCUAUGAAUGAUCAAAAAAUUAAAACUGAACCACCAGAAUAUUCAGAAGAAGAUAUUAAAUGCGAAGUUGAGGAUCAAUUUGAUGUCCUUAAUGAUAUUGUUAAAUCUGAAUCGUGUUCUGAGGACCAUGAAAUAUGUUUGGAAAGAUUUAUGAAGUCCGAAGUGACUAUAGAAGAAGAAGUCAAACAGGAGCCAAUCGAUACACCAGCUUAUGUAUGUGACAUUUGUAAUCAAUUAUUUUCAGAAUCUGAUCAAUUAAAAGAGCAUGUGGCUUAUCACAUGCCUAGUCAAAGCCAAGAACGCCCUUUUAAAUGCAAAAUCUGUCACAAGGCUUUCAAACUAGCAAAACAGUUGAAAACACACAUGAUAACACAUUCUGAAGAACGACCCUUUAAAUGUGAUAUCUGCCAUAAGGCUUAUAAACAAUUACAUGUUCUAAAAACCCACAUUGAGUUGCACAAUGGAGUACGCCCUCAUGAAUGCAAUAUAUGCAAUAAGACAUUUGCACUUUCAGGUCACCUGAAAAGACACAUGGUUAUUCACACUGAAGAGCGUCCCCAUAAAUGCAAUAUUUGUAAUAAGACAUUCACACAAUUAAGCCAUCUGAAAGUUCACAUGGUCAUUCACAGUGGAGUACAGACCCAUGAAUGCAAUAUAUGUAAUAAGACAUUUGCACUUUCAGGUCACCUGAAAAGACACAUGGUUACUCACAGUGGUGAGCACCCUCAUAAAUGCCAUGUAUGCAAUAAGACAUUUACAGAAUUAGGUAGUCUGAAACGUCACUUGGUCAUUCACAGUGGACUACGUCCCUAUGAAUGUGAUAUAUGCAAUAAGACAUUCACACAAUUAAGUAGUCUGAGAAAACAUAUGUUGAUUCAUCACAGAGAAGAUCCUUAUAAAUGUGAAAUAUGCAAUAAACGAUUUACUAAAUCGAAAGAUUUGCAGACACACAUGGCACUUCAUAGACGAAAGCGUGAUGAAAAUGAAUGA